AUGCGUAUCGACUCUUUACAAGCUGUCACGGCAUCUGGAGGUGGACCCGCUGGUUACGGACGUUAUGGACGAGGCGAAACGGUUUACGCGACAUACAAUCCAACAAAUCCACAACCCAGCAGCCACUAUGAGACACUCGAUCCAUCUUUCUACGUCAGAGGCGGCGCUUUCUUCGAGGAAGGCAAGGUCUUUUCAGUCCUCUUCACUGAACCGGCGGGCGCCAACGCCCUGAACGGGCUGAAUCCAAUGGCCGACUACAAUACCAAUCUGUCCAAGGUCAAAUACGAUGAAUUCGUACAUACCCAAGUACGGAGAUUUAUCGUCACGAAACGCAGACGCGAGUUCUGCUUCGCCGUUCCGAUCUUUACCUACUACGGCCAAGCCACCACGAAGAAUGGAGUGGUUGCUGACGAGCAUGCUAUUGCCUAUUCGUUGGAAAAGGAACCAGAGCUUGUACCGGGAGAGGCACCGCUUCGGAAGGCACCCAUCCCUAUUGUGACUGAGGAGAACAACAAGCCACUCGUUCCAGCCUCUAGGAUUUACUUUGCCAUCCAUCAUCCGAUUCAAUACAAUGUCAAGGUAAAGAACCUCGGUCACGUACAUCCCGAUUACCUAGCCACAUUCCUUGGAUACUGGAACCAAGAGAAUUCUGACUCAAAGCAAGACUCAGAUGUUGCAUCAAACCCCAACAAUACGGGUAAUUUUUGA